UUCAUCAGCUUCUGUGACACAUCCUCAAUGAAUGUCUGAUGGACAGACGCUUUCCGUUGACCUUGCAGCAAUUUUCUUUCCCGUGGAGUUUGGAGGACAAGGUGAAUGGUGCCAAAAGUUGCCUGCUUCGGUGCAUAGGAGUGUUCCACUUGGUUCUCAGAACAUGGGCCCUCGUUUAAAGCUGCAGCUGUGAUCCUCGGCUGUCUGUCGGCAUUGAAGGGACCUGAUGUUUUACGUUAUUGGUGGAAUCACAGUGUCUGUGGUUGCAUUCUUCUUCACAAUUAAGUUCCUCUUUGAGCUUGCCGCACGCGUAGUCAGCUUCCUCCAGAAUGAGGACCGUGAGCGCAGAGGGGACCGGACUAUUUAUGACUACGUGCGGGGAAAUUACCUGGAUCCCCGGUCUUGCAAAGUCUCCUGGGAUUGGAAGGACCCCUAUGAGGUGGGCCACAGCAUGGCCUUCCGAGUGCAUUUAUUCUACAAGAACGGACAGCCUUUCCCGGCACAUCGGCCUGUGGGACUGAGAGUUCACAUCUCUCAUGUCGAGCUGGCCAUGGAAAUUCCAGUCACCCAGGAAGUCCUGCAGGAGCCCAGUUCCAACGUGGUCAAGGUGGCCUUCACUGUGCGCAGGGCGGGGCGUUACGAGAUCUCGGUGAAGCUUGGUGGAUUAAACGUGGCCUACAGUCCCUACUAUAAGAUUUUUCAGCCUGGAAUGGUGGUUCCUUCCAAGACCAAAAUAGUGUGCCAUUUUUCUACUCUGGUGUUGACCUGCGGACAGCCACACACCCUUCAAAUAGUGCCCCGAGAUGAGUACGACAACCCUACCAACAAUUCCGCAUCCUUGAGGGACGAGCACAAUUACAGUGUGUCCAUUCAUGAGCUCGGUCCUCAAGAAGAAGAGAGCACUGGUGUCUUCUUUGAGAAGUCAGUGACCUCCAACAGGCAGACCUGCCAGGUGUUCUUGCGACUUACCCUGCAUUCUCGCGGCUGCUUCCAUGCCUGCAUUUCAUACCAAAAUCAGCCAAUCAACAAUGGUGAAUUUGACAUUAUUGUCCUGAGUGAGAAUGAGAAGAAUAUUGUUGAACGCAAUGUGUCCACCUCCGGAGUGAGCAUUUACUUUGAGGCUUAUCUUUAUAAUGCUACCAACUGUACCGGCACACCCUGGCACCUUCCGCCCAUGCACACGAGCUCCUCCCAGCGCCGGCCUUCCACAGCCGUGGAGGAGGAGGAGGAGGACUCACCCUCUGAGUGCCAGACCCCCGAGAAGGUGAAGAAACCGAAGAAGGUGUACUGCUAUGUGUCACCAAAGCAAUUUUCAGUGAAGGAGUUCUACCUGAAAAUCAUUCCCUGGCGCCUUUAUACCUUCCGAGUGUGCCCAGGAACAAAAUUUUCGUACCUUGGCCCCGACCCUGUUCAUAAGCUGCUCACACUGGUGGUAGAUGAUGGCAUUCAACCACCUGUGGAGCUCAGCUGUAAGGAGAGGAACAUUCUAGCAGCCACUUUCAUCCGCUCCCUCCAUAAGAAUAUAGGAGGCUCUGAGACCUUUCAGGACAAGGUGAACUUCUUCCAGCGAGAGCUUCGGCAGGUACAUAUGAAAAGACCACAUUCCAAAGUCACCCUGAAGGUCAGCAGACACACCUUGCUGGAAUCGUCUCUGAAAGCCACUCGGAAUUUCUCCAUCUCAGAUUGGAGCAAGAACUUUGAAGUGGUUUUUCAAGAUGAAGAAGCUCUGGACUGGGGAGGGCCUCGCCGGGAAUGGUUUGAACUAAUCUGCAAAGCACUGUUCGAUACCACCAAUCAGCUCUUCACCAGAUUCAGUGACAACAACCAAGCAUUAGUCCACCCCAACCCUAAUCGCCCUGCUCAUCUACGCUUGAAGAUGUAUGAGUUUGCAGGGCGGCUGGUAGGCAAGUGUCUCUAUGAGUCCUCUCUAGGCGGAGCCUAUAAGCAACUGGUCCGAGCUCGCUUCACCCGCUCUUUUUUGGCCCAAAUCAUAGGACUACGUAUGCAUUAUAAGUAUUUUGAAACAGAUGACCCAGAAUUCUACAAAUCUAAGGUUUGCUUCAUCCUCAACAAUGACAUGAGUGAGAUGGAGCUGGUCUUUGCAGAAGAGAAAUAUAACAAAUCAGGCCAAUUGGAGAAGGUUGUAGAACUCAUGACAGGUGGAGCUCAAACCCCAGUCACAAAUGCAAAUAAAAUCUUCUAUUUAAAUUUAUUGGCCCAAUAUCGACUGGCCAGUCAAGUGAAAGAGGAGGUAGAACACUUCCUAAAAGGCCUGAAUGAGUUGGUCCCUGAAAACCUUUUGGCUAUAUUUGAUGAAAAUGAGCUUGAGCUGCUGAUGUGUGGGACUGGGGACAUCAGUGUGUCUGACUUCAAAGCCCAUGCAGUGGUUGUUGGCGGCUCAUGGCAUUUCCGAGAAAAGGUCAUGAGGUGGUUCUGGACCGUGGUGUCCAGUCUGACCCAGGAGGAGUUGGCUCGGCUGCUACAGUUCACCACGGGCUCCUCUCAGCUGCCACCCGGAGGUUUUGCCGCCCUCUGUCCCUCGUUCCAGAUUAUUGCCGCUCCCACCCACAGCACGCUCCCGACUGCACACACGUGUUUCAACCAGCUGUGCCUCCCCACGUAUGACUCGUAUGAAGAGGUUCACAGGAUGCUGCAGCUGGCCAUCAGUGAGGGCUGCGAGGGCUUUGGCAUGCUCUGACCACUCCCCAGCCACGUGCCCCCGGCCCCCGUGCUUCCUGGAGCACCUGGGUGCGCGUAACACCGUGAGAACCACCGAUCCCAACACCUCUCCAUCGGCCAGAAGCUGCUGCAUGCUACCCGGUGUCUGGAGGACUUGCUCACCUCCCCCCAGCCCCGGGUCGCUCCCUCGCCACCCCCUCUGCAUCCCCGCCCCCUCCACUUCGCCACGCCCCGGCCCCCAAGCCACUUCGGCAGGGGCCCAUGGAGUCUAUGCUGCUCUCUCCUGAGGAGAGGACCAUGCUGCUGUCACUUCAGUUGGUUCUCAGAAGAUCUCCGGACCGGGAGCUGCUUCAGGAGCCACGGGAGAUUAAACAAAGGGCUCAGCUUUCUUAGAAGGCUGGGGUCCACCUUCCUCAGGCUCCUGUGCCCAUGGCCCAUACCAGUCCCUCUGCGGCCCUCACUGCUUGCCCUGCGGGGACGUGAGUCCCUCCUGGGCACGGGGCGAUCGCCUCUCUCACCAGAAGCCGGGAGGAGUGCAGAUGGCAAAUGGCCCACGUGCACAGUCUUCACAUUUUUGUCCCUCUGCACCAUAGCAGGCUCAGGCCGUGGCACUGGACUACCUCUGAGGGGCGACUGAUGGCACAAAAGGAUCUUUUUCUGUGAUGUUAAAACUGGAAAAGGAACUUUUUCCCUGAAGGCAUUUCUGGAAAUGAUCAUUAAUCCAUAAAGAACUCUCUAAGCUUUUUCUUGAGUUUGAGCCAGUGAGAAAAACAGACCCAAGAAUGUGAAAGAUAGCUGGGGCAUAGCUUCCAGUGCUGAAAAUGAUUUUCCUUUAGGGCAUGUCUAGGCCUAUGGCCGGCUUGAAGACUACUGAUGUUUGUCCCUGAGUUUGUUCUGUACACAGAGGUGUGGCUGGGCCUGGCCGCUUACCUCGAACUUCUGCAGCCUGCUAAGAGCUAGGGAUUCUUUAGCUUUCUAUGGAAGAAAAUUUUUGUAACAAGGGUUUGGGAGCAGUAAGAAUAGCAUGCUAACAAUCCCUGGCUCUCUUUGCUUGGUAUUCUCUGGCAGCACUGAAGCAAGGAAAAAGGAACCAAUGGUCAAGUGCUCGGUCACAGGUCCGUGGGGUCAGGGACUGGGAACAUGCAGAGAGAAGCUGUGUCCGACGACAAACACCCAGCUUCCCACUAACUUCCUUCUGUGUCUAAGUUGCCAGCAGGAGCCCUGGUGGAGGGAGGACGAUCUCGUAGAUUCACUGUGACAUGGUGAUUGACGAGAACCCGCAGCAG